GGCGGAAACCGAAACCAGCCAGUUCAUUUGGAGCGAACGCGUAGAGAGGACGUGUUUUGGGUUCAUCUUAAAACUUUUCGUAACUUUACCAUGGCGUUGCGCUGCGUGCUUGCGGUUCUGGCAUUAGUGGGGGCCACUUUAGCGGGAUCCGAUGUAACCGAAUUAAAGGUCGAAGUAGUCAGCACUCCCGAAGGGUGCACUGUCAAAUCCAAGAAUGGCGAUAUGCUUACGAUGCAUUAUACCGGUACACUUGAUGACGGCCACAAGUUUGAUUCUAGCUACGACCGUGAUCAACCUUUCACUUUUCAACUUGGUGCCGGUCAGGUGAUCAAAGGCUGGGAUGAGGGUCUCGUCGACAUGUGUGUCGGUGAAAAGCGUAAGCUGGUGAUCCCAUCGUCGCUCGGGUAUGGAGAGCGCGGGGCCGGCAACGUGAUCCCACCCCACGCCACCCUCCACUUCGAAGUCGAACUCAUCAACAUUGGCGACUCGCCCCCAACAACAAACGUAUUCAAAGAGAUCGACGCUGACAAGGACAACAUGCUGUCCCGUGAAGAAGUCAGCGAAUAUCUAAAGAAGCAGAUGGUUCCAUCCGACGGCGCUGAAAUUAGCGAAGACAUCAAACAAAUGCUGGAGAGCCAUGACAAGCUAGUCGAAGAAAUAUUCCAACACGAAGACAAAGACAAGAAUGGUUUCAUCAGCCACGAAGAAUUCUCAGGACCCAAACACGAUGAACUAUAAAUGUUACGUACCUCCCAAAAUUAUACAAAAUUAGGCACAACGGGGAGUACCAUAAUAAUAGGAUAUAGAGAUUGUCACAUAUUUAUAAUCCAUAAUUACAUAUUGGCUCAGUUAAGUUUUAUUCGAGUGACGUGUAGAUUAAUCUUGAUUAUGAAUAAUCAGGUAGUCUUUACUCUUUAGUGUAAUUUUUAUACAUAAUUUAUGUUGUUGGUACUUAUGCCUUUUAUUAUAUUAAGUCAAAUAAUUUAUUUUAAUGACAAAUUUUACACAAUUUUGUUCUCUAUUAAUUAUAAUUAUAUUUUUUUAAUAUAAUGUUUUGCGAUUUUACUGUUAAUGCUGAUUUUUAAUAUACUUAGUUAUUGUUGUAGUCUCUCUUAUCAAUACAUUCAACAUUUAUUACCAAUUAGGUACCAUAGAUCUGUAAUAUGUCACUAUAACUCUUUUUAUACUUACUUAUGUUACAUAACUACUUAUGAAAUAAGUAAAUAUGGUAUACUCAGCUUAAAUAUUCGCAAUAAAAAUAUCUGAUGUUCAUUUCUUAAGAUGUU